GCUGCAGCUAGAACUCUCUGGCAAACCCUUUUUAAAAUAGACCGUCGCAUCGCAUUCCAUACUUCUCCAAUCCUCUCACCAGAAACAUCCGAAACAGAAAACUUCUUCAAGCAGAAGCUCGUAUUCUACUCUCGUAGGACAGAUAGCAGAUAAGCCUCUCUUUCUCCCUCUCCGCCGCGUUGGAUAGAACAAACAAUCAAUCUCUUUUCAUGGCCGAAGAAGCUAAAGCCAAAGGAAACGCAGCCUUUUCUGCCGGCCGGUUCGAGGAAGCCAUCCGAUUCUUCUCCGAAGCUAUUGAUCUGGCCCCCACCAACCACGUCCUCUACUCCAACCGCUCCGCUGCAUACGCCUCCCUUCAACGCUACUCCGACGCCCUCGCCGAUGCGAAGAAGACCGUCGAUCUCAAGCCCGACUGGUCCAAAGGCUACAGCCGCCUCGGUGCGGCCCACCUCGGCCUCGGCAACUUCGAAGACGCGAUCACCACUUACAAGAAAGGCCUUGAGCUUGAUCCCAGCAACGACGCCCUGAAAUCCGGCCUCGCCGACGCGCAGGCGGCUGCCGCCCGAUCCCGCGGCGGUCCUCAGGCGUCUUCGCCGUUCGAGAACAUAUUCCAAGGGCCGGAUGUGUGGGCGAAGCUGACUGCAGACCCCGCGACGCGGGGGUAUCUCCAGCAGCCGGAUUUCUUGAAGAUGUUGCAGGACGUGCAGCGGAAUCCGAACAACAUUAAUAAGUACUUCUCGGACCCGCGGAUGAUGCAGGUGCUUGGGGUUUUGCUUAAUGUGAAACUGAGGACGACGACGCCGGAGGAAAUGGAGAGAGAUGUGCCGGGGAUGGACUCGGAGUUGAAGAGGCAGGCAGAGCCAGAGCAGAAGACGAGGAAGGAGCCGGAGCCAGAGCCAGAGCCAAUGGAUAUUCCAGACGAGGAGAAGGAGGUUAGGGAAAGGAAGGCGGAGGCACAGAGAGAGAAGGAGGCAGGGAAUGCGGCGUAUAAGAAGAAGGAUUUUGAGACUGCGAUUCAGCAUUAUACAAAGGCAAUUGAGCUGGAUGAUGAAGAUAUCUCUUUCAUAACGAACCGGGCGGCUGUUUACAUGGAAAUGGGAAAGUACGAGGACUGUAUCAAGGAUUGUGACAAAGCUGUUGAUAGGGGGAGAGAGCUUCGUUCAGAUUUUAAGAUGAUUGCAAAGGCCUUGACUAGGAAGGGAACUGCAUUGGUGAAGCUUGCAAAAUGCUCCAAGGACUAUGAGCCUGCUAUUGAGGCUUUCCAGAAAGCACUAACUGAGCACCGCAAUCCCGACACAUUGAAAAAGCUCAAUGAUGCACAGAAAGCAAAGAAAGAUCUAGAGCAGCAGGAAUAUUUUGAUCCACAAAUAGCAGAUGAGGAGCGUGAGAAAGGCAAUGAGUUCUUCAAGCAGCAAAAAUAUCCAGAAGCAGUGAGACAUUAUACAGAAGCCCUGAGAAGGAACCCACAGGAUCCAAGGGUAUAUAGUAACAGGGCAGCUUGCUACACGAAACUGGGUGCAUUGCCUGAGGGUUUGAAGGAUGCAGAGAAAUGUAUUGAACUCGAUCCAGCAUUUUCCAAGGGAUACACAAGGAAAGGAGCAGUUCAGUUCUUCAUGAAGGAAUAUGACAAAGCGCUUGAGACUUACCAGGAGGGGCUAAAACAUGAUCCCAACAACCAGGAGUUGUUGGACGGUGUACGAAGAUGCGUUGAGCAGAUCAAUAAGACCAACCGUGGGGAUAUUAGUCCAGAGGAUUUGAAAGAGAGACAGGCAAAGGCAAUGCAUGAUCCAGAAAUUCAGAAUAUUCUGUCCGACCCCAUCAUGAGACAGGUAUUGAUCGACUUCCAGGAGAAUCCCAAGGCUGCUCAGGAUCACCUCAAGAAUCCUCAGGUGAUGCACAAGAUCCAGAAGCUGGUCAGUGCAGGGAUUGUCCAGCUCAGAUGAGCACGUGAAGAGCCGGGCAUCAAAUCAUUUGCUCCGCAACAUGUAUUUAACGGAUUGGUGAACUAAUUUCAUUUUGGAAAUUUUGGUUUUCCAUCAUAACUUAAUCUCCUCUUCUAAUUUGUGGGGACUCUUGAUAGAAGAAGAGGUGAGCGUAAGCUGUGGUUUGAUUGCUGCA